AUCCGGCUACUAUCUUUUUCUUUUUUUUUUUAAUCCACUAUCAACACUGCUAAAGUUGGCUCAGCGACGCACCUGGACAUUUUUAAUGCACUCGGAAACAUGGACGAGCUAACAACUCCUGUACGACAGCAACAUAAAUUCAAUGUUAGCAAACUUUUAACUUACCUGUCUGGCAAGUCACUUGUGUCAAAUAAUGACACACUCACUGUCAGACAGUACAGCACUGGUCAGUCAAACCCGACCUUCCUAAUCCAAACACCGUCAAACAGCUUUGUUCUCAGGAAGAAACCCCCAGGUGAGCUGCUGCCAGGGGCUCACAAGGUGGACAGGGAGUACCGGGUGCAGAAGGCCCUGUUCCCUACUGGCUUCCCUGUACCUCAGCCUUUCUUGCACUGCACUGAUUCUGAAGUUAUUGGAACAGAGUUCUACUUGAUGGAGCAUGUGAAGGGGCGUAUAUUCAGUGAUCAACGUCUCCCUGGAGUGAGUCCAGCAGAGAGAACAGCUCUCUAUGUGGCAGCUGUGGAGGUGUUGGCCAAGCUACAUUCACUGGACCUGGCAUCACUGAACCUUGAAGGGUAUGGAAAAGGAUCAGGCUACUGCAAGAGACAAGUUUCCACCUGGACGAAGCAGUACGACGCAGCAGCCCACAGAGACAUUCCAGCCAUGAAUGAACUGUCUGAUUGGUUGAUGAAGAAUUUGCCAGCCAGUGAUAACGAGGUCACACUUGUCCACGGAGAUUUCCGAUUUGACAACUUGAUAUUCCAUCCAACUGAGGCACGUGUGAUAGCAGUGUUGGACUGGGAGCUGUCUACCACUGGGCAGCCCUUGGCAGACUUGGCCUACUUCCUCAUGCACCACUUCUGGCCUACGACCUUCAACGUCAUCAGCACAAUAGGCAGCUUGAAAGGAAUAGAAGGUAUCCCAACUGUGGCUGACCUGAUCUCCAUUUAUUGCCAGUGCCGGGGGAUCCCAUCUGCUUUGCCAUCACUGAAUUUCUAUCUGGCCCUGUCUAUCUUUAAAAUGGCAGGAAUUGCCCAGGGGAUCUAUGCACGCCACCUACUGGGUAACGCCAGUGCUCCCAAUGCAGCCGAGUUCAGCCAGUGUGUGGAGCCAUUGGCUAAGCUUGCCUUGGAGCUUGCACAGAGGUCGGUUGCAGUUAUGGCUACUAGAGAUACGUCUGACACAGGCCCUACAGAAGGUAAUCUGUUCCUUCAGACAGCUAAAGGUCAGGCUGUUCGCCAGCAGGUCAAAGACUUCAUGAAACAAUACGUGUUUCCUGCUGAGGAGGAAGUUGCAGAGUACUACUCCAAAAACACUCAGUCUCCACAGAGGUGGCAUACGCCCCAAAUAAUAGAAGAUUUAAAGGUGAAAGCCAGAGAGGCAGGACUGUGGAACUUGUUCCUGCCUGCAGUCAGUGGUCUCAGUCAGUUGGACUAUGCUUACAUUGCAGAGGAAACUGGACGCUGCCUCUUUGCCCCUGAGGUCUUCAACUGCCAGGCUCCUGACACAGGAAAUAUGGAGGUGCUCCACAUGUUUGGCAGUGAGGAGCAGAAGAGGAAAUGGCUUGAGCCGCUGCUCAGAGGAGAGAUCCGUUCCUGCUUCUGUAUGACAGAGCCUGAUGUGGCAUCGAGCGAUGCUACCAACAUCGAGUGUACACUUUACAGGGAUGGAGACAACUACAUCAUAAAUGGCAAGAAAUGGUGGAGCAGUGGUGCUGGCAAUCCCAAGUGCAAAGUGUCCAUUGUGAUGUGCAGGAGCAGUUCUCAGGAUGUUAGCAGCAGGCACGGCCAACACAGUAUGAUCCUCGUCCCUAUGGACACACCUGGUGUAAAGCUUGUCAGACCGCUCACCGUGUUUGGACAGGAUGAUGCCAUCCAUGGUGGCCACUUUGAAGUGCACUUUGAAAAUGUGUGCGUCCCUGCCGCCAACAUUAUUCUGGGCGAGGGACGGGGAUUUGAGAUUGCCCAGGGUCGUCUGGGGCCAGGCAGGCUGCAUCACUGUAUGAGGGCCGUCGGUCUAGCAGAGUUGGCACUGGAGUUGCUCUGCCAGCGGGCCGCCUCCAGGCGCACAUUUGGAAAGAAACUUUACCAACAUGAAGUUGUUGCUCACUGCAUAGCAGAGUGCCGUCUCAUGAUAGAACAGACCCGCCUGCUGACUCUACAUGCUGCUCAUGCCCUGGAUACACUGGGUAGCCGAGCUGCUCGCAAAGAGAUUGCUAUGAUCAAGGUGGCAGCAGCCAGGAUGGCCUGUUAUGUGGUGGACUGUGCUAUACAGGUACAUGGAGGCGGGGGGGUGUCUGGAGACUUUCCACUAGCGCAGAUGUAUUCGUAUGCGCGGACUCUUCGCAUUGCUGAUGGGCCAGAUGAGGUACACCUCUCCUCCAUUGCUCGUCUAGAACUAAGAGAUCAACUAAAGAAGGCACAGGCCAAGUUGUAAAGUAACUGACAUCACAUGGCCAGAACAGCUUCCCUAAUUUUAAAUUUUCCUUAAAAGCACUGAUUUUUCAGCUUUUGUAAAAUUGUUUUUGCUGCCAAAACACACUAAAUGUAAAUAAAUUAUAAUUUGUAUAUAUUCU